UAUCCCGCGUGCUCACUCACUUGCUGUUUCUGGUCCCAAGGCAACGGACCCGCCAAUAUAAACUCACCAUCCCAUUCCGUUUCUGUUUUCUCUGAAAUCUCAAUUCCGAAUUCUCAGAUCCAGGUAAGGUGAAUGCGGCAAUGGCUUCUGGCCCCUCCGACAACAAUUUCCUGGAGAACUUUUGGAUCCCGUGCCACGUGCUUGUGCCGGAGUCUGCGGUUCAAGGUAGCAGAAUCGAUCCCGAUGGACCUCUCUGUCCGGUGCUCGUUUUCGUUAACUCCAAGAGUGGUGGCCAGCUUGGAGGAGACCUCUUGAAAACCUACCGUGCACUUCUUAGCGAAAAACAGGUUUUCGACUUGGGGGAAGAGGCUCCUGAUAAGGUUCUCAGCAGGGUCUAUUCCAAUUUGGAGAACCUCAGGCUUAAGGGCGAUCAAAUUGCUACAAAGGUUAUGGAGAAGUUGAGAUUAAUUGUUGCAGGGGGUGAUGGAACAGCUGGCUGGCUACUUGGAGUUGUUUGUGAUCUCAAAUUAUCUCAUCCGCCGCCCAUAGCCACGGUUCCGUUGGGCACAGGGAAUAAUCUACCAUUUGCAUUUGGUUGGGGGAAGAAGAACCCAGGGACAGAUGAACAGUCAGUCAAGUCAUUUCUAGAACAAGUAAUGAAAGCUAAGGAAAUGAAAAUAGACAACUGGCACAUUCUUAUGCGGAUGAGGGCUCCAAAACAAGGUGCAUGUGAUCCAAUUCCACCUCUUGAGUUACCACAUUCAUUGCAUGCCUUCAAUCGUGUAUCUGAGGCUGAUGAACUUAGCAUGGAAGGUUGCCAUACUUUUCGAGGGGGAUUUUGGAAUUACUUCAGCAUGGGAAUGGAUGCUCAAGUGUCUUAUGCAUUUCACUCUGAACGAAAAUUGCAUCCUGAAAAAUUUAAAAAUCAGUUAGUCAAUCAGAGUACUUAUGCUAAGCUUGGAUGCACACAAGGAUGGUUCUUUGCCCCUCUGUUCCACCCUCCUGCCAGGAACAUAGCCCAUCUUGCAAAAGUAAAAGUCAUGAAAACGCAUGGUCAUUGGGAAGACCUGCACAUACCUGCCAGCAUCAGGUCCAUUGUAUGCCUUAACUUGCCUAGCUUUUCUGGUGGAUUGAAUCCAUGGGGUACACCGAACAAGAACAAGCGUCGUGAUAGAGGUUUGACACCUCCAUAUGUUGAUGAUGGCCUUUUAGAGGUGGUUGGUUUUAGAGAUGCCUGGCAUGGGCUUGUUUUGCUUGCUCCAAAUGGACAUGGAACUCGCCUUGCUCAGGCACACAGAAUCCGCUUUGAGUUUCACAAAGGUGCAGCAGAUCAUACAUUCAUGAGGAUUGAUGGGGAACCUUGGAAACAACCUCUCCCAAUUGACGAUGAUACUGUUUUGGUGGAAAUUUCUCACCAUGGCCAGGUUAACAUGCUCGCCACCCGUGAAUCCAAGUCUAGAAGUGUGAAUGAUCCAUCAUCACCACACCAUAAUGAUGCCGAGGAAGAUGAUAGUGACGACGAGGAAUCUAAAGCAGAUGAAUUCCGCAAGUUUGGUGCGGCAGCUACAUUUAAAAUUCCAGAUGAGGUAGACCUUGCUCAUCUCAGUUAGUCCUUCAUAUUAUGUGGCCAUUCUUUAGGGUUAUGCAGUAGACAUUGCGUGCCUAGCUGUUUAUAGGAUUUCUACAAAAUAUUUAUAGUUGUCCUUAUCAACUUUCACCCAUUUCCCCUAUUUGUUCUAUUCUAUCAGCUUUAUGCCUGUAAACAUGUUAACAGUAAUUUGUAAUUAAUAAUUGAAAUUCUAUACAUGCUUUGUUCUAAACGUUUA